AGUCUCUGCGCGGGCCACCGCCCACCGCGGCGCGCUGCGUUCCGGCUCCUCCCUCUCCCGCCUCCUCGUCCCCGCCAUGGUGCUGGAGUCGGUGGUCGCCGACUUGCUGAACCGCUUCCUAGGGGACUACGUGGAGAACCUGAACAAGUCCCAGCUAAAGCUGGGGAUCUGGGGCGGUAAUGUGGCUUUGGACAAUCUGCAGAUAAAAGAAAAUGCUCUGAGUGAAUUGGCUGUUCCUUUCAAAGUCAAGGCUGGCCAGAUUGAUAAAUUAACUUUGAAGAUUCCUUGGAAAAACCUUUAUGGAGAAGCAGUGGUUGCCACACUUGAAGGACUAUACCUGCUCGUGGUCCCUGGAGCAAGUAUUAAGUAUGAUGCUGAGAAAGAAGAGAAAUCCUUGCAGGAUAUUAAACAGAGGGAACUUUCCCGAAUUGAAGAAGCCCUUCAAAAAGCAGCAGAGAAAGGAGCACACUCGGGAGAGUUCAUGUAUGGCUUGGAAAGCUUGCUUUACAAGGACGUCAAGCCUGGACGUAAGCGUAAAAAGCACAAAAAACAUUUUAAGAAACGUUUUAAAGGUCUUGAUCGCUCCAAAGAUAAGCCCAAAGAAGCCAAAAAAGAUACAUUUUUGGAAAAAUUGGCAACUCAAGUAAUAAAAAAUGUUCAAGUGAAAAUUACAGACAUUCACAUUAAAUAUGAAGAUGACGUCACUGAUCCAGAAAGGCCACUUUCAUUCGGUGUCACGUUGGGAGAAUUUAGUCUGCUGACUACAAAUGAACACUGGACUCCAUGCAUUUUAAACGAAGCAGAAAAAAUCAUAUAUAAGCUUGUGAAGGUUGACAGCCUGAGCGCCUACUGGAAUGUCGGCUGCUGCAUGUCUUACCGCGGAGCAAGGGAGCACAUCCUGGAUCAACUGAAACGUGAAAUUCUUACAAGUACAAACAUCCCUCCAAACCACCAGUACAUUUUCCAGCCAAUAUCGGCCUCUGCAAAACUCUACAUGAAUCCCGGUGCAGAAUCAGAGCUCAGAACGCCCAAACUUGAUGGCAACGUCGAGGUGCAGAGUAUCGCCCUGGAGCUGACGAAGCCUCAGUACUUAAGUAUGAUUGACUUUUUGGAGUCGCUGGAUUAUAUGGUGAGAAACGCACCGUACAGGAAAUACAAGCCUUGCUUACCGCUUCACGCCAACUGUCGGCAAUGGUGGAAAUAUGCAAUUGAUUCUGUUCUUGAAGUCCACAUAAGAAGAUAUACCCAGAUGUGGUCGUGGAGUAACAUAAAAAACCACAGGCAGCUACUCAAGAAUUACAAGAUUGCCUACAAAAACAAGUUAACACAAACCAAAGUCUCAGAAGAAAUACAGAAACAAAUUCAGGACUUGGAGAAGAGCCUAGAUGUUUUAAACAUAAUUUUAGUGAGACAACAAGCACAAGUUGAGGUCAUUCAUUCUGGGCAGAAGUUAAGGAAAAAGUCUACUGAGGCAGGAGAGAAACGUGGCUGGUUUAGUGGGUUUUGGGGAAAGAAAGAGUCUAAGAAGAAAGAUGAAGAAGAAUCAUUAAUCCCUGAGACCAUUGAUGACCUUAUGACUCCAGAGGAAAAAGACAAACUCCUGACUGCCAUCGGCUACAGCGAGAAUACCUACAACUACGCUUUGCCCAAGCAGUAUGUGGCCCAUAUACUGACUCUGAAGUUGGUGAGCACCUCUAUCAUAAUAAGGGAAAACAGGAAUGUUCCAGAAAUCCUGAGAAUCCAGAUAAUUGGCUUGGGUACCCAAGUAUCCCAGCGACCAGGAGCACAAGCACUGAAGAUAGAAGCAAAAUUGGAACAUUGGUAUGUGACAGGCUUGCGACAAGAAGACGUUGUGCCGUCACUGGUGGCUUCCAUUGGCGACACUACAUCGUCAUUGCUCAGAAUUGAGUUCGAAACCAACCCUGAGGACAGCCCUGCUGACCAGACCCUGGUCGUCCAGUCACAGCCUGUGGAGGUCAUCUACGAUGCUAAAACUAUCAAUGCGAUUGUUGAAUUCUUUCAGUCAAAUAAGGGGUUGGAUCUUGAGCAAAUCACAUCAGCUACAUUGAUGAAACUGGAAGAAAUUAAAGAAAGAACAGCUACAGGGCUUACGCAUAUUAUUGAGACCCGGAAAGUCCUCGAUUUAAGGAUAAAUCUAAAGCCUUCUUAUCUGAUAAUUCCGCAGACAGGUUUCCACCAUGAAAAGUCAAAUCUUCUCAUUUUAGAUUUUGGUACUUUUCAGCUCAACAGUAAAGACCAAGGUGCACAGAGGACAACGAAUUCAUCCCUGGAAGAAAUAAUAGAUAAGGCAUAUGACAAGUUUGAUGUGGAAAUAAAGAGUGUGCAGUUGCUCUUUGCAAAAGCAGAGGAAAACUGGAAAAAGCGUAGAUUCCAACAUCCGUCGACUAUGCAUAUAUUGCAGCCAAUGGAUAUUCAUGUUGAGCUGGCCAAGGCAAUGGUGGAGAAGGAUGUUAGAAUGGCCAGAUUUAAAGUGUCAGGGGGCCUGCCUUUGAUGCAUGUGAGGAUUUCCGACCAGAAGAUCAAAGAUGCGCUGGGUUUGAUUAACAGUAUACCCUUGCCACAGAAGUCAUCCACUGGGUCUCCAGAGAGACAGGUAGCCUCGAUCCCUGUUCUUUCAGGAGGGACGAAAGGUCUCCUUGGGACUUCACUGUUGCUAGAUGGAGUGGAAUCAGAGUCUGACGACGAGUACUUUGAUGCCGAGGAAGGAGACUCGCAGACUGCUAGAACAGUGAGAUCCUCAGAACUGAAAAAAGCCUCCGACGCUCCAAACGAGGAGCUGGUUACUCUUCUGCUCAAGUUUGAGAUCAAAGAGGUGAUUUUGGAACUCACUAAACAACAGAAAGAAGAAGAGACAAUUCUAGUAUUUAAUGUCACUCAGUUAGGGACAGAAGCAACCAUGAGGACGUUUGACCUGACUGCAGUGUCCUAUUUGAGGAAAGUCAGCUUGGAUUACCAUGAAGUUAAAGGAUCCAAAAAGAAGCCACUUCAUUUGAUUAGCUCUUCAGACAAACCCGGCUUAGAUCUCUUAAAAGUGGAGUACAUUAAGGUUGAUAAGAAUGGGCCUAGUUUUCAAACUACUUUUGAAAAAACUGAACAAACUGUUAAGGUGGCCUUUUCUUCUCUGAGUCUGCUGCUACAAACACAGGCUCUUCUGUCUUCUCUUAACUACCUAACAACCGUCAUCCCGUCAGAUGGUCAGAACACGGGGGUGGCCAAGGAGGUGCAGACUGUCACCGAGAAGCAGAAGAGCUCUCCCGUGCAGAAAGUGAUGGUGUCCUCUAGAGAUAGUGACGUGAUUGGCUUUAGGCUAUUUGCCAAAUUGAAUGCUUUCUGUGUCACUGUCUGUGAUGAGAAGAGCAAUAUUGCUGAAAUCAAGAUACAAGGCCUCGAUUCAUCCCUUUCUCUUCAGUCAAAAAAGCAGUCACUUUUUGCCAGGCUGGAAAACAUUAUUGUCACAGAUGUUGAUCCCAAGACAGUUCAUAAGAAAGCCGUGUCCAUAGUUGGAAAUGAAGUUUUCCGCUUUAACCUGGAUUUGUACCCAGACGCUACAGCAGGGGAUUCCUACGCGGACAUGUCCACCGUGGAUGGGGUGGUGGCUUUGCACGUCGGCUGUGUUCGGAUUGUCUACCUUCAUAAAUUCCUCAUGUCACUGAGGAGCUUCCUGAACAAUUUCCAGGUGGCCAAAGAGGCGGUGAGUGCCGCCACUGCCCAGGCUGCGGAAAAGGCUGCCACGAGUGUGAAAGACCUCGCCCGGAGGAGUUUCCGCGUCUCCAUCAGUGUUGAUUUGAAAGCGCCGGUCAUUGUCAUCCCACAGUCCUCCGUUUCUACCAAUGCUGUCGUGGUUGAUCUCGGACUGAUCAGAGUUCACAAUCAGUUCAGUGUGGUGUCUGGUGAGGACGCGGUAAAUCCUCCUGUGAUUGACAAGAUGGAGGUACAGCUCACAGAACUGAAGCUCGCAAGGACAGUAAUCCAGCCAGGUGGUGCCUCCCAUCCUGACAUUCAGCUGUUGCAUCCAAUUAACUUGGAGUUUUUUGUCCAUCGGAAUCUAGCUGCAAACUGGUACCACAAGGUGCCUGUUGUAGAAAUUAAAGGGCGUCUUGAUUCAAUGAAUGUUAGUCUAAAUCAAGAGGAUCUUAAUCUUCUGUUCAAAAUACUGGCAGAAAAUCUCGGCGAGGCCACUGGAGACAUGGAUAAAGAGAAACCUAGGACACAAGAGACCGGUGAAACUAAAGCAUGCCGAGACAUCUCUGUGCCGCAGGAUGUGCACACCACACAGGAUACGCCACCGGCCAGAGUGGAAGAGACCAGAUCCCUGGACGUCAUUAAUGUACUGUUAAACUUUGAAAUUAAGGAGGUUGUGGUUACUUUGAUAAAAAAAGCAGAAAGGAAAGGAAGGCCCUUACACGAACUAAAGAUCCUUCAUCUUGGGAUGGAGGCCAAAGUGAAAGCUCAUGACAUGACUGCGAAAGCCUACCUAAGAAAAAUUACCAUGCGUUGUUUUGAUUUUCCUGACUCUAACGGCGAGCCUCUGCACAUCGUCAGCUCCUCUAACGAGGCUGAUGGGACCCUCCUGAAGAUGCUGUUCAUCACGGCAGACAGUGAUGGACCAGAAUUUAAAACCAUCCAUGAUAACACCAAACAGAAGCUGAGGGUGUCGUUCUCGUCCUUGGACUUGGUGCUCCAUUUGGAAGCUUUGCUUUCCCUUAUGGAUUUCCUGUCGUCUGCUGUUCCGUCCUCUAACUCUUCGUCCUCUGAGAAGGGAUCUGAGCUGAAGCCACCUGUGGGAGGAGAAUCCAGAAGUCUUGCCAUCAAAGCCGGUCCUGGCACUUCUGAAGGUGAUGUGUUUGAUUUGAAGAUCAUAGCUGAAUUAAAUGCCUUCAACAUCUCUGUUUGUGAUCAGCAGAGUAACAUAGCAGAUAUUAAAAUACAUGGAAUGGACGCCUCUGUUUUUGUGAAGCCAAAGCAGACUGAUGUGUUUGCCAGACUUGAAAAUAUCGUGGUCAUGAAUGUUAAUUCACUGCCAAUUCACAGAAAGGCUGUCUCUAUUUUGGGAGAUGAAGUCUUCAGGUUCCAGAUGACUCUCUACCCAGAUGCCACAGAAGGAGAGAGCUACAGUGAUAUGUCUAAAGUGGAUGGCAAACUUAGUCUCAAAGUGGGCUGCAUUCAAAUUGUCUAUGUUCAUAAAUUCUUCAUGUCUCUUUUGAGCUUCCUCAACAACUUCCAAACUGCCAAAGAAGCCUUGAGCACAGCCACAGUCCAGGCUGCAGAACGAGCUGCGUCCAGUGUGAAGGAGCUGGCUCAGAAGAGCUUCCGGCUUCUGAUGGACGUCGAUUUGAAGGCUCCUGUCAUCACCAUCCCCCAGUCGUCUGUGUCCCCCAAUGCCGUGAUAGCAGAUCUGGGCUUGAUCAGAGUCCAGAACAAGUUCAGUCUGGUUUCUGUGGAGCAGCACUCUCUCCCCCCAGUGGCCGACACCAUGAGCAUUCAGCUCACCCAGCUGAAGCUGUCCAGAACUGUUUUACAGGCUGACUCGCUUCAGCCUGACAUUGAAAUCUUAAAGCCAGUGAACAUGCUUUUGUCCAUACAGCGGAAUUUGUCGGCCGCGUGGUACACACAGGUUCCAGGCAUGGAGAUAAAAGGAAAGCUUAAGCCUAUGCAGGUUGCUCUCAGUCAAGAUGACUUGACAGUUUUAAUGAAAAUUUUGCUGGAGAACCUUGGGGAAGCUUCUUCGCAGCCAAGCCCUACCCAGUCUGGGCAGGAAGCUACGAAAGUCAAGAGAGAUACUCGGAGCGGGCCUGGCUAUCUUAAAGAACAAGAUUCGACAGACCCAGAGCCCGCCGUGGACCACACUGUCACACUUCAGUUUGGGUUCCACUUUGACUCUCUCUCCAUCACCCUGUACAACAAUGACAGCUGCCAGGAGUCCAGACUUUUAUUUCAUAAUGACAGUCUUCGUCUCGGCGAGCUCAGACUCCACCUGAUGGCUUCUGCGGGGAAGGUGUUCAAGGACGGGUCUCUGAGUGUCAGCCUUAAACUGAAGAUGUGCACUCUUGACGAUCUCCGAGAAGGGAUCGAGAGAGCAACAUCCAGGAUGAUUGACAGAAAGAAUGGCCAGGACAGCAGCAGCUCUAUGAUUGAUGUGAGUUAUAGACAAGACAAAAAUGGAAGGCAGAUCGACGCUGUUCUCGACAAGCUGUACGUGUGUGCCAGUGUGGAGUUCCUGAUGACCGUGGCCGACUUCUUCAUUAAAGCUAUGCCUCAGAGUCCAGAAAACAUAGCAAAGGAAAUACAGAUUCCAUCAAGACAGACAGCCCUGGGAAGAGUCAGGAUGGAGAAAGAUGAUUCUGUGCGACCGAAUAUGACUUUGAAAGCCAUGAUCACAGACCCGGAAGUGGUUUUCGUUGCCAACCUGACAAAGGCUGACGCUCCCGCCUUGACCGCCUCCUUCCAGUGUAGCCUGUCCCUCUCAACGUCCAAACUCGAGCAGGUGAUGGAAGCCUCUGUGAGAGACCUGAGACUGCUCGCCUGCCCCUUCCUGAGAGAGAGGAGAGGGAAGAGCGUCACCACGGUGUUACAGCCCUGCUCCCUAUUUAUGGAAAAGUGCACAUGGGCUUCUGGAAAACAGAACAUAAAUAUUACGGUUAAGGAAUUUGUAAUUAAGAUCUCGCCUAUAAUCCUUAACACUGUGAUGACAAUCAUGGCUGCUAUGUCCCCAAAGACCAAAGAAGAUGAGUCGAAAGACACGGCUAAGGAGAUGGACAAUCUCUGGGGCGUCAAAUCAGUUACUGAUUAUAAUUCUUGGUUUCUUGGUAUUGACAUGGCAACAGAAGUAACCGAAAAUUUCAGGGACCUCGAACAUCCACCAGUAGAGGAAAAUUGUGUGGUUGCUGUGGAGUCAGUUCAAGUCACCUUAGAAUGUGGCCUCGGGCAUCGCACUGUGCCCUUGUUAUUGGCAGAGUCCAAGUUCUCUGGAAAUAUAAAAAACUGGACUUCUCUAAUGGCGGCUGCUGCUGACAUGACACUAGAGGUUCACUACUAUAAUGAGACCCACGCCGUCUGGGAGCCGCUGAUUGAGCGAGUGGAGGGGAAGCAACCAUGGAGCUUAACGCUCAGUGUAAAGAAGAACCCGAUCCAGGAUAAAAGUUUUAUACCAGGAGAUGAUUUUAUUCCUGAGCCACAAAUGGCAGUUCACGUUUCCUCAGGAGCUACUAUGAAUAUCACAAUAUCCAAAAGCUGUCUCAAUGUUUUCAACAAUUUAGCAAAAGGUUUCUCUGAGGGAGCGGCUUCUACCUUUGACUACUCUCUGAAAGACAGCGCUCCUUUUACAGUCAGAAACGCGCUGGGUGUCCCCACGAAGGUGCAGCACAAUUGUAACCUGCGGGUCAUGGGCUCCCCUGAGAAGAGCGACAUUUAUGAUGUAGAUGCUGGCCAGCAUUUGGAGCUGGACUAUGCCAGCCUGGAACCGUUGCGCCAGGGAAAGCUGACAAUGCUGAGCCGGCAGGAGAGCAGCUUCUUCAUGCUGACCUUUGUGCCACAUGGCUACACAGAAGUGGGCAGUGUCCCGGUGGCCAGGCCUGGCCGGCAAUUGUAUAAUGUGCGGAACCCCAGUGCCAGCCGUUCUGAUUCCGUGUUAGUGCAGAUUGACGCAACUGAAGGGAAUAAGGUCAUCACUCUGCGCUCGCCUCUGCAGAUUAAAAACCACUUCUCAAUAGCAUUUGUCAUCUACAAAUGUGUCAAGAACGUCAAGCUGUUGGAGCGCAUUGGAAUAGCCAGACCGGAGGAAGAGUUCCACGUGCCGUUGGAUUCCUAUAGGUGCCAGCUGUUCAUCCAGCCGGCCGGCAGCUUAGAGCAGCAGUACACACAGUCCACCACGUACAUUUCCUGGAAGGAGGAGCUUCACCGGAGCAGGGAGGUCAGGUGCAUGCUGCAGUGUCCUGCAGUAGAAGUCAACUUCCUGCCGCUCAUCGUGAACUCUGUUGCCCUGCCUGAUGAGCUGAGCUACAUCGGUGCGCACGGCGAAGACUGGGACCCGGCCUAUGUUAUUCAUCUUCAUCCUCCUCUCACCUUGCGGAACCUUCUGCCAUAUCCACUAAGAUUCUUACUUGAGGGAGCUGCAGAAACCCAUGAGCUCGCAGAAGGCAGCGCCGCCGACGUCCUCCACUCACGACUCUGCGGCGAGAUCAUGGAGCUGGUCCUGGUGAAGUACCUGGGCAAGAACUGGAGUGGACACUUCCGUGUUUCCGACACACUUCCCGAGUUCUUCCUCGUGUGCUUUUCCUCUGACACCGCGGAAGUGAUGACAGUUGACUUGUCAGUACACGUCAGGCGGAUUGGCUGCCAGAUGGAGCUGUCUGUCUUUAGUCCCUAUUGGCUAAUCAACAAAACUUCUCGGGUCCUUCAGUACCGCUCCGAGGAGAUUCAUGUUAAACACCCAGCUGAUUUCAGGGACAUCAUCUUAUUCUCUUUCAAGAAAAAGAACAUUUUUAGUAAAAAUAAGGUACAGUUAAAAAUUUCAACUAGUGGCUGGUCCAGUGGCUUCUCGUUGGACACCGUGGGAAGCUAUGGGUGUGUGAAGUGCCCUGCCACCAACAUGGAGUACCUGGUUGGGGUCAGCAUCAAAAUGAGCAGUUUCAACCUCUCGCGGAUAGUCACGCUGACUCCCUUCUGCACGGUUGCAAACAAGUCCUCUUUAGAGCUAGAAGUCGGAGAGAUUGCCUCUGAUGGCUCCAUACCAACCAACAAAUGGCACUAUGUCGCUUCCUCAGAGUGCAUUCCAUUUUGGCCUGAAAAUUUGUCUGGCAAACUUUGUGUGAGAGUGGUGGGCUGUGAAGGGUCUUCCAGGCCGUUCUUUUACGACCGACAAGACAAUGGCACAUUACUGAGCUUAGAGGAGCUGGAUGGUGGAGGGAUCUUGGUGGAUAUAAACACUGCUGAGCACUCAACUGUCAUAACCUUCUCUGAUUACCACGAGGGAUCUGCGCCUGCCCUGAUAAUGAACCACACACCGUGGGACGUCCUCACCUAUAAACAGAGUGGGUCCCAGGAGGAGCUAGUGCUGCUGCCAAGAGAAACUCGACUCUUUGCCUGGGCGGACCCCACUGGCACCAGGAAACUCACUUGGAGCUAUGCAGCGAAUGUUGGGGAGCACGACCUCCUAAAGGACGAGUGUGGGCAGUUUCCGUACAACGCGAACGUCCAGAUCCACUGGGUGUCCUUCCUGGAUGGGCGCCAGAGGGUUCUGCUCUUCACAGAUGACGUCGCUAUUGUUACCAAAGCCCUCCAGGCAGAAGAGAUGGAGCAGGCUGACCGUGAAGUCACCCUGUCGCUCCACAGCCUCGGGCUCUCUCUGGUUAACAACGAAAACAAGCAAGAAGUCUCAUACAUUGGAAUCACCAGCUCAGGUGUUGUUUGGGAGAUGAAGCCGAAGCGCAAGUGGAAGCCGUUCAGCCAGAAGCAGAUAAUGUUGCUGGAGCAGUCCUACCAGAAGCACCUUGCUUCAGAAGGCCGUGGCUGGGUUAAGCUGGACGGCAAUUUUGAGGUCAAUUUUGACAAGGUGCCGAUGGAAAUGCGGCUUCCUCUCCGGUGCCCUAUUAAACGGGACUUCUUAUCAGGGAUCCAGGUUGAAUUUAAGCAGUCUCCUCACCAGAGAUGCUUAAGGGCCCGGUUAUACUGGCUCCAGGUUGAUAAUCAGUUGCCUGGCACAAUGUUCCCAGUUGCAUUUCAUCCGGUGGCGCCUCCCAAAUCCAUUGCUUUGGACUCAGAGCCCAAGCCUUUCAUCGACGUGAGUGUAAUUACAAGGUUCAAUGAAUACAGCAAAGUCUUACAGUUCAAAUAUUUUAUGGUUCUUAUCCAGGAAAUGGCCUUAAAAGUUGAUCAGGGGUUCCUUGGAGCAGUUAUUGCACUAUUCAGCCCAGCAAGUGACCCUGAGGCCGAAAGAAAACGGACUAAGUUAAUCCAACAAGACAUUGACGCUUUCAACACAGAGCUAAUGGAGUCGUCAGGGACUGAUAUGUCGGCCCUGAGUUUCUUGGAACACUUCCAUAUUUCUCCUGUUAAGUUGCAUUUGAGUCUGUCUUUGGGCUCCGGAGGUGAGGAGUCAGGCAAAGAGAAACAGGAAAUGAUUGCUAUUCAGUCUGUGAACCUGCUGUUGAAAAGCAUCGGUGCCACUCUGACUGAUGUGGAUGACCUCAUAUUCAAACUUGCCUACUAUGAGGUUCGCUAUCAGUUUUACAAGAGAGACCAGCUCAUGUGGAGUGUCGUCAGACACUACAGUGAGCAGUUCUUAAAGCAGAUGUAUGUUCUUGUGUUGGGCUUGGACGUGCUUGGAAACCCGUUUGGACUAAUCCGGGGCCUGUCCGAAGGAGUCGAAGCACUGUUCUACGAGCCCUUCCAGGGUGCUGUCCAAGGCCCCGAAGAAUUUGCUGAAGGGUUAGUGAUUGGGGUGAGAAGCCUCUUUGGACACACAGUAGGUGGUGCAGCGGGUGUCGUAUCUCGAAUCACCGGCUCUGUCGGGAAAGGCCUCGCAGCGAUCACAAUGGACAAGGAGUAUCAGCAGAAGAGAAGAGAGGAGAUGGGGCGCCAGCCUAAAGACUUUGGGGACAGCCUAGCCAGAGGAGGGAAGGGCUUGCUGCGCGGAGUUUUUGGCGGGGUGACUGGAAUAAUAACAAAGCCUGUGGAAGGUGCCAAGAAGGAGGGCGCUGCCGGCUUCUUUAAAGGAAUUGGAAAAGGGCUGGUGGGCGCUGUGGCUCGUCCAACUGGUGGGAUCAUAGACAUGGCUAGCAGUACCUUCCAAGGCAUUCAGAGGGUAGCAGAAUCUACUGAGGAGGUGUCAAGCCUCCGCCCACCUCGCCUGAUCCGCGAAGAUGGCAUCAUCCGUCCAUACGACAGGCAGGAAUCUGAGGGCUCCGACUUACUAGAGAAUCAUAUCAAGAAGUUGGAAGAGGAGACCUACCAGUUCCACUGUGCCGUUCCCGGGAACAAGAGGGCGGUCCUUAUGGUUACAAACAGGCGAGUACUGCUUAUAAAGGAAGUGGAAAUCCUAGGCCAUAUGUCUGUGGACUGGCAGUGUCUGUUUGAAGAUUUUGUGUGUCCUCCCGGAGUCAGUGAAAAUCUGCUGAAGAUUUCAAUGAAAGAACAGGGUCUGUUCCAUAAAAAAGACAGUGCCAAUCUAGGCUUUCUUCGGAAAAUUUACCUGAAGGAUCCCAUAACAGCAAAGAGAGCCUUUGACGCCAUUGAGAGUGCACAGUCAGCCAGGCACCAGCAGAAGCUGAUGAGGCAGUCCUCGGGGAAGCUCCUCAGGCCCCAGGAUUCAUCCUGACCACAGAUGUGGCUCUUUCUGAGAGAGAAACAGUCACUUCACAAGUCCUGCUAAAGAGAAAAAUUCCAGCAAUUCCUCAGCUGUUUUCCUGGAAAAUCCAGCACUGUUUUCCUUUUUGACUCUUCGUUUUGAGUCUUGGUUUUGUAACUUUACAUAUAUCAGAAGUCUGCUGCUACACUGUGUAGGUCAGACCUCAAAGAAGUGCCACUUCAGACUCAGAGGGAAGAGUUCAUUAAUAUUAAAAUUGUGGAACAAAGAGUGGUGGGCUUGUUUGUAAUUAGUCUGUAUGAAGAAAAGAUAUUUUUAAAAAUGAGACGUGUUCUUUGGAAGGUUUUAUCCAGAUCAAUAGUGUACACUCUGACAUUUGUUUAAAGGUAACUUGUGCAAUAAUUGAACUGAGGGAACACUUUUGCUAACCCAGGUAAUUGACAGAAGAAAUGCCACUGAAAGGAGAGAUGGCAUGCUUUCUAUUUUCUUUUCAUGAAAACAUUAUUCUUCUUCCAAUAGGAUGAGUUUUACACUGGUACCGUUUUUUCUCAUUUCCUUCUAGUCACAGAAUAAGGGCAAUCUGGAAGCUUCGGGCAGCCUCACUCUGCUGUCUGUAGUGAG